CCCUGGAUACUGAAACGUUUGUCAGCCCUCGUCAUCAAUAAAAAACAAAUCGCUUGCAUUAUUUUGGAAAACAAAAUAAAAACAAUGUCCGACGCAUAUGCAUAUGCUGCCAAAGGCAAACUAAAACUCAAAAGCGAUACCGAACUCAAGAAAAAAAAGAAGAAACACAAGAACAAGGAAGAGGAGAAGGAGAAGGAUGCACUGCAGAGAGCGUUCGUCGAACAACAAAUGAUUGAAACUGUAAACGGACCUGCCGCAGCCACGACCAGCGGCUACGAGCGGAAGCUAACCAAAGCGGAGCUGGCCACCAAGAAACAGCAGGAGAAGAUGCGCAACAAACGCAUCAUGGACAAGGCGCAGACGACGCAUAAACAGCGCGUAGAGAAAUUCAAUGAACAUCUGGACACACUCACCGAGCACUUCGAUAUACCCAAGGUGUCCUGGACGAAGUAGAAGGCGUCGCAU